AAGGCCGCCCCGUCGUCGUAUCUAACACGCAAAAUACUUGCCUCGACCGAUGAGCAGCAACCCUCCGCCCCCCGCGCCGACGCCCAGCCAGCACUCGAUGGGCGACGAGGACGACUGGAAGACGGGCCUUAAGGCCCCUACGAAGGACACGCGCUUCCAGACCGAGGACGUCACCAACGUCAAGGGCAACGACUUUGAGGACUACUUCCUCAAGCGCGAGCUCCUCAUGGGCAUCUUCGAGAAGGGCUUUGAGCGCCCGUCGCCGAUCCAGGAAGAAGCCGUCCCGAUCAUCCUCGCAGGGCGCAACGUCAUGGCGCGCGCCAAGAACGGGACCGGCAAAACCGCGGCCUUUAUCAUCCCGUGCCUCGAGAAGACGGACACAUCCAAGCCGUACAUCCAAGUGAUGAUCCUCGUCCCGACAAGAGAAUUGGCCCUUCAGACCUCGGCCAUUGUCAAGGAAAUCGGCAAGCACAUGGGCGUGGAAUGCAUGGUGAGCACGGGCGGGACAAGCCUCAAGGACGACAUCAUGCGCUUGUAUAAUACCGUGCAUAUUUUGGUCGGCACCCCGGGUCGCAUUAUGGACCUGGCCAACAAGGGUGUCGCGGACUUGAGCAAGUGCUCAACCGUGAUCAUGGACGAAGCCGACAAGCUCCUGUCGCCCGAGUUCCAGCCGCUUCUCGAACAGCUCGUGAACCACACGGCACCGGGGCGGCAAAUCUGCCUCUUCUCGGCUACGUUCCCGGUGACCGUCAAGGCCUUCAAGGACAAGUACAUUGAGAACCCGUACGAGAUCAACUUGAUGGACGAGCUGACGCUCAAGGGUGUCUCGCAAUUCUACGCCUUUGUCGAGGAGCGCCAGAAGGUGCACUGCCUCAACACGCUCUUCUCCAAGCUCGACAUCAACCAGAGUAUCAUCUUUUGCAACUCGGUGAACCGCGUCGAGCUGCUCGCCAAGAAGGUGACGGAGCUCGGCUUCUCGUGCUUCUACAUCCACGCCAAGAUGAACCAGGCCCACCGCAACCGCGUCUUUCACGAAUUCCGCAACGGCGCUACGCGCCACCUCGUGUGCUCGGACCUCUUUACGCGCGGCAUCGACAUCCAGACCGUCAACGUCGUCAUCAACUUUGACUUCCCCAAGAACUCGGAGACGUAUCUCCACCGCAUUGGCCGCUCGGGUCGCUUCGGCCACCUCGGCCUCGCCAUCAACAUGAUCACGUACGAAGACCGGUUCAACUUGUACCGUAUCGAGCAAGAGCUCGGCACUGAGAUCCGCCCGAUUCCGCCCGUGAUCGACCGCAACCUCUACUGCAAGUAGAGACCCGAAGAAGACCCCUCGAUAGUGUUAGGAGCGUAGAGUUUAGGACGACGAAGAUGGAGACCAUUGAAAGAGAUGGGGAGUAUUAAAGAAUAAAAAACAAAAAAAGCUGCC